UUUUCCCACUGGUACGGAGGGAGGCAGCAUACGUAUAUAAAGAGGGAUGUACUCGUCCCUUCUUAAAAUCAAGGCUUAUUAGCUGUUCUGCACUCAAAAACCUCAACCUGCUCCUUCUUUGACACUAAGGUCCCCAAUCUCUAUAUUUUUGCAUUUAAGCCCCUAACUCAAUUAGUUAUUAGCAUCAGUGAUAUCAUCUAGCUAGUUAACCUUUCAAUUGCAAACACAAAUAACACGGUCCUUUAAAAGAUCUAAAUUACUUUCAUUUUGGGGGGUUUUUAAUUUUUUUGGAGAGAAUCAAAAGAGAGUGAAACAUAUACUUGAAAAAUGGGUGAGUCCUUGUUUUCAAGAGUGAUGAUGGAAACACCACCUUCUAUUUACAUCAAGGGCUUAUCAUUGGUGACCUUAAUGGCAAUGGCCCUGUUGGGGUUGCUUGAAGUGGCUGGAAAUCAUUUAGGGUAUUCUAAAUUUUCCGACUUCAGCUCACAAAAGCGACCCAAGAUGUCGAGCAGAGCCGGUAUGUUGUUGCUCUACACGCCUGCCUUUCUCGCCGGCCUUGCUUCCUUGAUUCUCCUUGUGCCCCAUACUAACGAUCUAAGGUUCCUUUUCCUCACCUUAGCUCUCACCAUUCAUUUCUUCAAGAGGGUUUUCGAGGUUUUGUUCAUUCACAAGUACAGUGGUAAAAUGGUGAUUGAUAGUGCAAUUUUGAUAAGCUUCAGUUACGUUUUCUCCACAGUCAACAUGAUUUAUUGUAACUAUAAACUGUACCCCAACAUUAUUCAAGGCCGUACUACUAAUAAUAUUGACAAUGACCAAUAUUAUUCAACUACCCCAACAUUUAUUGAUAUGAAAUACUUUGGAGCUCUCCUAUUUUUGGUAGGCACAAGUGGGAACUUCUACCACCAUUGCCUUCUUUCCCAACUUAGGAAGAAAGGAGAUACUAAAGAAUCAUCAUCAUCAUCCUACAAGAUUCCCAAGGGAGGCCUCUUUGGCUUGGUCAUUUGUCCUCACUACCUCUUUGAGAUUUUAGGCUAUGUGGGAAUUUCACUCAUUUCUCAAACUUUAUAUGCUUACUCUUUCACAUUAGGCACUAUUUUCUACUUGGUGGGAAGAAGUUAUGCCACCAGGAAUUGGUACCUUUCCAAAUUUGAAGACUUCCCUAAACACGUCAAGGCUCUCGUUCCAUUUAUUUUCUAAUAAGCUUAGUUUAUGAUUGAUACGAGUACUCAUAUUGCUAUUAUAUACCACUGUGGCACUGUAUUGGACUAUAUUUAAUUCAUUUAAGUGAGUGUGACUUGUAACCUGUUGUGUGUUAUAAUAUUAUCGGUAGAACUUCUACUUAA